UGGGAGAGACGGCUAGUCAUUCCUCGUUGUAAAAACCAGUGCUGCAUGCGCUGAUCUCCCGGCUAUUGUCUCAGCAGCUGAAGGCUCAAGUCGUCAGGCAGUCAGUCAGGAAGCAUCUCACAAUGAAACGAAUCUGGGUGAUAGGGCUUCUUUUCGCACUCUUAGCAUGUGCUGCCGUAAGGGCAGAUGAUGAACUUGACGUUGACGGGACAGUCGAGGAGGACUUGGGUAAAAGCAGGGAUGGCUCCAGAACAGACGAUGAAGUGGUGCAGAGAGAGGAGGAGGCAAUCCAGCUGGAUGGUUUGAAUGCAGCUCAGAUUAAGGAACUCAGGGAAAAGUCUGAAAAACAUGCCUUUCAGGCUGAAGUUAACCGUAUGAUGAAGCUGAUCAUCAACUCUCUCUACAAGAACAAGGAGAUCUUCCUUAGGGAGCUGAUUUCCAAUGCCUCGGAUGCUCUGGAUAAGAUCCGCUUGUUGUCCCUGACCAACGAGGAUGCAAUGGCCGCAAAUGAAGAGCUGACCAUCAAAAUAAAGUCUGAUAAGGAGAAGAACAUGCUGCACAUCACUGACACUGGUAUUGGAAUGACCAAGGAGGAGCUAGUAAAGAACUUGGGAACCAUUGCCAAGUCAGGCACCAGCGAAUUCCUUAACAAGAUGACAGAGAUGCAGGAAGAGGGACAGUCUACCUCAGAGCUGAUCGGACAGUUUGGUGUCGGUUUCUACUCCGCCUUCCUUGUUGCUGACAAGGUCAUUGUGACAUCCAAGCACAACAAUGACACACAGCACAUCUGGGAGUCUGACUCAAAUCAGUUCUCGGUCAUUGAGGACCCCCGUGGGGACACACUGGGAAGAGGAACCACCAUCACACUUGUCCUAAAGGAGGAGGCCUCAGACUACCUGGAGCUGGAGACCAUCAAGAAUCUUGUCAAGAAAUACUCCCAGUUCAUCAACUUCCCCAUCUAUGUGUGGGCCAGCAAGACUGAGACGGUUGAAGAGCCCAUUGAGGAAGAUGCUGAGGCAGCAGAGGAACCAGAGAAAGAGGCUUCUGAAGAUGAGGCUGAAGUAGAGGAAGAAGAAGGAGAGGACAAAGACAAACCAAAGACAAAGAAGGUUGAGAAGACUGUGUGGGACUGGGAACUGAUGAAUGAUAUCAAGCCCAUCUGGCAGAGGCCGGCUAAGGAGGUUGAGGAAGAUGAGUACAAGGCUUUCUACAAGACCUUCUCAAAGGACAAUGAUGACCCUAUGGCUCACAUCCACUUCACAGCUGAGGGUGAGGUCACCUUUAAGUCCAUCCUGUUUGUGCCCACUUCAGCUCCCCGUGGGCUGUUUGACGAGUAUGGCUCCAAGAAGAACGAUUACAUCAAGCUGUUUGUCAGGAGAGUUUUCAUCACAGACGACUUCAAUGACAUGAUGCCCAAGUACCUGAACUUCAUCAAGGGAGUGGUUGACUCUGACGACCUUCCUCUGAAUGUGUCCAGAGAAACUCUGCAGCAGCACAAACUGCUCAAGGUUAUCCGCAAGAAGCUGGUCCGUAAGACUCUGGACAUGAUUAAGAAGAUUGCAGAGGAACAGUACAACGACAAGUUCUGGAAGGAGUUUGGCACCAACAUCAAGCUGGGUGUGAUUGAGGAUCACUCCAACAGGACCCGUCUUGCUAAGCUGCUGCGCUUCCAGACCUCCAACAGUGAAACAGACCUGUCCAGCCUGGAGCAGUAUGUGGAGCGCAUGAAGGAGAAGCAGGAUAAGAUCUAUUUCAUGGCUGGCACCAGCAGGAAGGAGGCUGAGUCUUCUCCCUUCGUUGAGAGGCUGCUGAAGAAGGGCUAUGAGGUCAUCUACCUGACAGAGCCUGUGGAUGAGUACUGCAUCCAGGCAUUGCCAGAGUUUGAUGGAAAACGCUUCCAGAACGUGGCCAAGGAAGGUGUCAAAUUUGACGAGAGUGAAAAGGCCAAGGAGAAGAGGGAGGCCCUGGAGAAGGAGUUCGAACCUCUCACAACUUGGCUGAAGGACAAAGCUCUAAAGGAUAAGAUUGAGAAGGCUGUUCUCUCUCAGAGGCUAACCAACUCACCCUGCGCCUUGGUUGCCAGUCAGUAUGGCUGGUCAGGAAACAUGGAGAGGAUCAUGAAGGCACAGGCCUACCAGACAGGAAAGGACAUUUCCACAAAUUACUAUGCCAGCCAGAAGAAAACACUAGAACUCAACCCCAAACAUCCUCUUGUCAAGCAGUUGCUUAACAGAGUCAAUGCCGAUGCUGAGGACCAGACUGCAUCAGAUCUGGCUGUGGUUCUGUUUGAGACAGCCACACUGCGCUCAGGAUACCAGCUCGUUGAUACAAAAGCUUAUGGAGACAGAAUAGAGCGCAUGCUCCGACUCAGCUUGAAUGUACCACUAGAUGAACAGAUUGAAGAAGAACCAGAGGAGGAGCCUGAGGAACCAGCAGAAGAUGACUCUGAAGAUAAAGAGGAGACUGUGGAUGAGGAUGAUGAUGAAGAAACGCAAACCGGUUUUGUCCACAUCCAUAGACUGAUAACAGGAAUGAGUAUAGAAAUUCCUGAAGGACUGACGGAGCUGUUACAGAGCUUUACCGUGGAAGUGUUGAGGAAUCAGCCCAGGGACUUGCUCGAGUUUGCGCUACAGUAUUUCACCCAGCUUAAGGAGAACGAGACCAAAGAGGCCUCAUUUGGCAAUGACCAAAAUUCGGCCCCGAGACUUGGGAAAGCGGUCAAUUUCAUUGACGAAGCCAUGCAGAUCGAUUCGGAAAACGGAGAGGAGGACGACGACGAUGACGAGGAAUUCAUAGCCCCUGUGAUAAACAGAUUCAUCCGAAGAGCAUCAGUGUGUGCUGAAGCAUUCAAUCCUGACGAAGAUGAUGAGGAUAAAGAGCCAAGGGUCACUCACCCCAAAACUGAUGAGCAGAGACAGAGACUACAGGAAGCAUGUAGGGACAUUCUUCUGUUCAAGAAUUUGGAUCCUGAAGAGAUGUCUCAGGUGCUGGAUGCCAUGUUCGAGAAGUUCUGCACGGAAGGGGAACAUAUCAUUGAUCAAGAUGAUGACGGGGACAACUUCUAUGUUAUCGAAAGUGGCACGUUUAACAUUUUCGUGAAGGUUGAUGGCACGGAAAAGUUGGUGGGCUGCUAUGACAACCGAGGCAGCUUUGGAGAACUGGCGCUGAUGUACAACACCCCCAGGGCAGCCACAAUAAUCGCCACUUCACCUGGAGCCCUUUGGUGCCUAGAUCGUCUGACAUUCAGGAGGAUCAUAGUGAAAAACAAUGCCAAGAAGAGGAAGCUGUAUGAGGCAUUCAUUGAAACGCUACCCCUGCUUACAUCUUUAGAGAUGUCAGAGAGAAUGAAGGUAGUUGACGUGCUAUCCACCAGGGUGUACAGCGACUCGCAGCAGAUCAUUGCUCAGGGUGAUUUAGCGGAUUGCUUCUACAUUGUCGAAUCUGGCCAGGUUAGAAUCACUAUGAAGAGAAGUCGGACAAAAACAGACCAAGAAGAAGAGGAGGUGGAAAUUGCUACAUGCUCCAGGGGCCAGUAUUUUGGGGAGCUUGCUCUCGUCACAAACAAACCCAGAGCUGCAUCUGCCUAUGCUGUGGGGAGUGUCAAAUGCUUGGUCAUGGAUGUUCAAGCCUUUGAGAGAUUGCUAGGCCCAUGCAUGGACAUCAUGAAGAGAAACAUUGCUAACUAUGAGGAGCAGCUGGUGACCCUGUUUGGAAGUAGCCCUGAAAUUGAGCAACAGACUGCAUGAAGCGACUGCAGUGGACUGUAAAUGGGUGGAUGGAAAAAGGCUUGUAACCACUUAAACAGCUUUUCUUACAAGAAAUGUGAAUAUCCACCUACAUAAACCAUUUGAGUGUCAGAUAUAUAAAAAACACACGUUGUCGGAAGGUUAUGGCCGAAGAGUAAAGCCAAAGCAGAGUUGCUUAAAGCUUGUUUAAAUUACAUUUCCCACAACACUCACCUUAAAAAAAAAUCUAAGUGUGCAUUUUACUUGUCGGUGUCAGGUGCAUUACUUGUUUGUAAUUUGAGCAUUUUUCUUAACUGUCACAUUUUCUCCACAGUGUUAUAGCCACACGUACAAUAUUAUAUAUAUCGUUUGUAAAUUUCUAAACAUUGCGUGUCAAAGUCAAAAGCCAAAGCUGAUUUCUUACUGGAUAAGUGCAAGCAAAUGUCACAUGUGCAAAACAGCCCAAACCUGAGAAAGGGUAAACAAUUUGUAAAGGAUAACAUCUUUGACAUUUUGAUUACAAAAAAACUUGGCAGUACCCUAAAAUUUCUACAAAAAUACAUUCCUGUUUAGCAUAAGAUGGAGUCCCUGGAAUACAUGCUCAUAAACCACGUAUCACUGUUGCUAAGUGUUUGUGGCCGUUAGCCGAGUACUAUGCUUUUUCUUUUUUCAAAAAAGCAAAGUUCAGAGAGAUAGCUGAUAGUUUUGUAACAACACACAACACAUUGCUGUACAAUUUUAAAACUGAGUAUUUACUGUUAUUAUAAUAGGCCCACUUUAAACUUAAUAAGUUGCCCAACAAGACAGUAGUCAUUACAGGCAACAUCUUAAGGCAACUCAUUUUUCUGUGUUUCAAUGUAAAAUUUAGGUAACACUGUUUUUGCAUAGGUGAAACAUACAUUAUUAUGACAUCCAUAUUUGCUGUCUACCUCUGCCAACAACUUCUACAGUUUUACGCUCAACAGGAAUCUAAAGUGGGUCCUCUCUCUUACUUCUUCUCUCUCUUUUUAAAGUAAUUGAAGUCUUCUGUAUUUUGUCUGCAGCUUACAUGGUUUAACUGGUUAAACAUGCAGAUUUUAUCCCCCACCCUCCCCCGUAGGACUGGUCAUUUUUGAAGGCAUAACCACAAUACUGGCUAAAAGUACUGUAUGUUUCACUUUUCAUGUCAAUAAAGAAUUUUUUUUU